ACGUGACUCUCCUGAGCAGAAAGAAAGGAGAGUAGACUUACGCAGAGGGUCAUGGCCGCCAUUGCUCCUGGAUCUCUGUGGGGUGAGGAGGGUACAUACGACUCUGUCCUUUUGUCAAUAUUGAAGAGUUGUGGCAAGAUUCAGCCCUUCUUUGAAUGUAUUUUCUCAUUUUUAUCUCGGAGAACAGACUUUUACAUUAUUAUGGAACAAGAACACGCAGAGAUGGGUUUUCCACAAGGAAUGGCACUUAAUAUGGUUAUUCAAGCUUUUAAGAAGUAUGAAAUUCUGACAAGGAAAAGGGAGGCAGAGUUGUUGCGUGAAGCCGAAACAAGACGUAUUGAUUUGAUGACAGAUGAUUUAUCAGAGCUCCCAAAGAUUGAUGUACCCUCUUCAACUGUUGAACAGCUCAACAAGCUAACAAAAUCAAGACUUGUGGAGAGAAAAGGCAACCGUCAAAAAUUACAGCACCCUCAGUCGGAAUUAGUCACAGCAAAAGUAGAACAUGAGCAAAUACGUGUGAGUGAAUCGGUUCCUGUUAAUAACUUCAAAAAAGAUAGUGCUUCUGAUAGUGUUUCACCUGCAAUCCCUUCACUACCUGUACAACCUCCGGGACAGCCCUCUUCUGCUCAAGUCCCCACUUCUCUUGCUUCAUCUAUUAAGGAACCAUCAAAAGCAUCUGAUACGUAUAAUGGUUCCAAUGCUGGCAAUUACGCGUGGUCUCAAACGAUGACAGAUGUUGAUAUUAGAGUUCCUGUUUCUAGUGGCACAACUGGAAAAGACCUCAAGAUAGAAAUUAAGAAUGAUUCUUUAUUAGUUGAAGCACUGAAACCUGAAAAGAAGGUCCUCCUCGGAGGUCAACUGCUGCAUCGUAUAAAAGUGGAGGAGUCUAUGUGGAGCCUAGACAAAGAUGCAAGUGUGGUCCAUAUUAAUGUUGAAAAGACUAAAGAAAUUAUGUGGAAGUCUGUUUUUACGGGUGAAGAUGGCAUUGAUUUAACAAAAGUUGAUACUUCUCGUGAUAUAAGUGAAUUUGAUCAAGAAGCUCAAGCUGCUAUUCAGAAAGUUACAUAUGACCAUCACAUGAAAAUGCUUGGUCGACCCACUAGUAGUGAGCAAAGGGCACAUGACAUUCUUAAGAAAGCUUGGGAUGCUCCUGGCUCUCCGUUUAAAGGGACUCCUUUUGAUCCUUCAAAAGUUAACAUUGCUGGUGUGUGGUAGGCACUGUACAUGGACAUGGCUGCAUGUGUACUUUUCAUUUUUGCUAUUAACUUUUCCAGUGUACUUUCUACAUGUACUUCGUGAACAGAAUGUAUGAAUUAGAACAUUAUGUUAAUGUUUUUUGUCGUUAAUUUUUGAAUUGUUUCUCCUGAUUAAGCACUUGUUUAUCAAUGAUUGUAAUAAUGACUUGGAGAAUAUAA